AUGCCACCUGGCCCGAGGAGGCUGCUAGUCAAGCUCCGCCCGACUGAGGGCAGGAUGAGUCAUGCCGCGCCCGCUACAAAAGUACAUAAAUGGGCCUUCAUGUUCGAACGCGCCUGGCCUGAGACGCAAUGUCUCAACUUUUGGUGCUCAUUUGAACCAGGUCGAUUAAGUCGUGUUAACGGGGCGCUUGAUGCUGUGCGAAUUCGGCCGGAGCUCUACGCCAUAACUGGGUGUCGCCAAUGCAUGACACAAGGGCUCUGCUGGGUAAAAUCGCUGGCCAACGGUGUACGAGGGCGGAGCAGGCGUCCAAUCUCUGAGCCUGUCAGGCGAAACGCCAAAACCGUUGAGCCACAGAUGGCCCUUUCGCGGCCCUCUGCAUCAUCGGCGGCACUCGGGCCAUUUUGCGUGAACAUUUUUCAGUUCUCAGUUGACCAAGGAGGGUAA